GCAAAAAUGGCGCUUCAUUCAGCAGAUACUUCGAAGCUCAUCUUCGCCCCCGCGGGCCAUCAGGCAACAGGCCAAGCUGAGCAGUUUACCAAAGGAACUCUCGUUCGCUCACAGCUAAACCCAACAUCACCUAUCCCUCAAUUCCACGCAUGGUUCUCCCGUGCCCAGGAGAAUGAUUCUGGUGUAGACCAUCCUGAAUCAUGCACUCUCUCAACAGCCUCUCUCCCCUCAGGUCGUAUCUCCUCUCGUACUGUGUAUCUAAAGGAGCUCGACAACCGUGGCUUUGUCAUCUACACCAACCUGGGCACGUCUCGCAAGGCAGCUGAUAUAGCGACUAACCCCCGUGCUGCGAUGUUGUUCUUCUGGGAAUCCCUACAGCGUCAAGUCCAUGUUGAAGGACGGGUAGAGAAGAUCUCCCGUGAAGAAAGCCAGACAUACUACGACACGCGAGCUCGGGGAAGCAGAAUCGGCGCAUGGGCUAGUCGACAGAGUCAAGUACUUGAGCCACAAGGUGAAGAUGACGAUGGCCGCAAGCAGCUGGAGGGAUGGGUCAAAGACGUUGAGAAGCGGUUUGAGGGGCAGGAGAAGAUCCCUGUUCCCGAGUUUUGGGGUGGAUUGAGAAUUAUCCCGGAUAGGAUCGAGUUCUGGCAAGGAAGGGAGAGUAGACUUCACGACAGGUUCGUCUAUGAACGGGAGGGCGAGGAAGAGGAGUGGACAUUGAAGAGGCUAAGUCCUUAA